CGAGAAGAGCUGGUAUCGAGGAGGACAGUCCGGAGCGGGGGAGGGUGGCCGGCGGGGGGAUACCGUGAGCUGCAGGAGAGGAAAUUGCAGGACAGUAGCAGAACUUGAUUAUUGCUUCUUGGUCGUGGCCGCGGGUGGAUGGACGUGGGCUGCCGGAAGAUGAAGUUUCAUGGAGCUUCUAGAGCUUUUAGCAGAGCUUCAAGUUUUUACUGGCGAACAAAUGCCGCGUGGUCGGGGUGCGGACGCUGUGUUCCGGAACAGCCAGACAAGUGCAUCAGUCACCUCUCUUCUGAUCAAGAAGAGGUGCGACUGCGGUCGGCGGGUAGGGAGGUAGAAUCUCCAGGGACCACACUCACGACCGGGACUGCAGCGACGCACGGGAUUACAAAAACAGCGAGAGUGCUGCCUGGUGCUCAGCCUGACAGGCGACUUUAUUACAGCGACAGUAGGUUGAAUUCUCUGGUGGACUUCGCCGCUGGUGAUGCGUGUGAAACAUGACAGGCGCUGCACGAUGAAUAUUUUUUUUCCGAGAAUGAAGCGAGAAACAGAAAGAAGAUAGACGAACUCUGAGUUUCAGUUUUCCAAUGCACGAAGUUUGUUUCAAAUGUUGAAUUGUUGUUGAACAAGUAUCGAUAGAG